ACUUAUAAUCAUUGGUACCAUGUAUAUUUUAAUAAUUAAUGUGUAUGAUAGGGUUAUUAGUUCAAACAAAUGAAAAGUAUUUGUAAUUUCAUUUGAAACACAAAAGUGAGAUUAGUUAAUGAGCUUGUCUUGUAAGUUAAAUAUAACAAGGAAAAGAGAUUAGGCAAGUGUCCACAAGUAUCGAGAAAAAGACUGCCCAAAAAUAUUAAAGGCCUGUUUAUUUGGUGCUGUUGGCAGUGCUUUGAGGGACUCUUAAUAUUAAAUGGUAUUUGAAGGAGGAAACCCAUGUUUAAUCAUUAGCCCAGAGAACAAAAGAAGCCUAAGAAGCUUUGUUUUUUCCCCAGACUCAGCAAUACAGUUCUGCUGUACAGACCAUCCAUAAUAAAUAUUAAUGACCAGUAGUUGAAUAGGAACAGCUAUUACAGACCUUUGAGCAACUCAUCAUUUUUCAGCUUUGCAGAGAAAGAAACCUCAGCUUAGAGAGGGUUCUCUUAAAUGUUUUCUUGGAGCCUUAAACAUGGAGAUGACAGAAGUGACUGGUGUGUCGCUGAAACGUGGGUCUGUUGCUGUUGAAGACAAUGACAGGGUGGCCCCAGCUGAGGAGGCAAAAAGACAGAAGAUCUUGGACCAUUGUCUGACCAAAAGUCAGAGUGAGCUGGAGCAUGUCUCUCCACCCAGUGGGGUCAACGUGCCUGAGCCACCUGAGGCUGUGAGUGCCAGAGAGGGUACAAAGAAUUCUGAUGUGCAGUUGGAAGAAGAGGAAGAGGAGGAGGAAGAUGGCCUCUCUGAGGAGGGUGAGGAGGAGGAGGAAGCUGAGAGUUUUGCAGACAUGAUGAAGCACGGCCUCACUGAACUUGACGUUGGCAUCACCAAGUUUGUAAGUUCUCAUCAGGGAUUCUCAGGCAUCUUGAAAGAAAGAUACUCCGACUUUGUUGUUCAUGAAAUAGGAAAAGACGGACGCAUCAGCCAUUUGGAUGACUUGUCUGUCCCCGUGGAUGAGGAGGAUCCAUCGGAAGACGUAUUUACGGUUUUGACAGCUGAAGAAAAGCAGCGUUUAGAAGAGCUCCAGCUUUUUAAAAAUAAGGAAACUAGUGUUGCCAUCGAGGUUAUUGAGGACACCAAAGAGAAAAGAACCAUCAUCCAUCAAGCGAUUAAAUCUCUGUUUCCAGGAUUAGAGACAAAAACAGAGGAUAGAGAGGGGAAGAAAUAUAUUGUAGCCUACCAUGCAGCUGGAAAAAAGGCUCUGGCAAAUCCAAGAAAACAUUCUUGGCCAAAAUCUAGGGGAAGUUACUGCCACUUUGUACUCUACAAGGAAAACAAAGACACCAUGGAUGCUAUUAACGUACUGUCUAAAUAUUUACGAGUCAAACCAAACAUAUUCUCCUACAUGGGAACCAAAGAUAAACGGGCCAUAACCGUUCAAGAGAUUGCUGUUCUCAAAAUAACUGCUCAAAGACUUGCCCACUUGAACAAGUGCUUGAUGAACUUUAAGCUAGGGAAUUUCAGCUAUCAGAAAAACCCUCUGAAAUUGGGAGAGCUUCAAGGGAACCACUUCACUGUUGUCCUCAGAAAUAUAACAGGAACUGAUGAACAAGUUCAGCAAGCCAUGAACUCUCUCAAGGAGAUUGGAUUUAUUAACUACUAUGGAAUGCAAAGAUUUGGAACUACCGCUGUCCCCACAUAUCAAGUUGGAAGAGCUAUAUUACAGAAUUCCUGGACUGAAGUCACGGAUUUAAUAUUGAAACCCCGUUCUGGAGCUGAAAAGGGCUACUUGGUUAAGUGCAGGGAAGAGUGGGCGAAGACCAAAGACCCAGCUGCUGCCCUCAGAAAACUACCUGUCAAAAGGUGUGUGGAAGGGCAACUGCUGCGAGGACUUUCAAAAUAUGGAAUGAAGAAUAUAGUCUCUGCAUUUGGCAUAAUACCAAGAAAUAAUCGCUUAAUGUAUAUUCAUAGCUACCAAAGCUAUGUGUGGAAUAACAUGGUAAGCAAGAGGAUAGAGGAGUACGGACUGAGACCCGUCCCGGGGGACCUCGUUCUCAAAGGAGCUACAGCCACCUAUGUUGAUGAAGAAGAUGUUAAUAAUUACUCCAUCCAUGAUGUGGUAAUGCCUUUGCCUGGUUUUGAUGUUAUCUACCCAAAGCAUAAAAUUAGCGAAGCCUACAGGGAAAUGCUCACAGCAGACAAUCUGGAUAUUGACAACAUGAGACACAAAAUUCGAGAUUAUUCCUUAUCAGGAGCCUACCGAAAGAUCAUUAUUCGUCCUCAGAAUGUCAGUUGGGAAGUCGUUGCAUAUGAUGAUCCCAAAAUUCCACUCUUCAACACAGAUGUGGACAACCUAGAAGGGAAACCACCACCGGUGUUUGCUUCUGAAGGCAAAUACAGAGCUCUGAAGAUGGAUUUUUCUCUUCCUCCUUCUACCUACGCUACCAUGGCCAUUCGCGAAGUGCUAAAAAUGGAUACCAGCAUCAAGAACCAGACCCAGCUGAACACCACCUGGCUCCGCUGAGUCCUUUUUCCCCAGACGAGAACAUGCAGACGGGUGUUUGCUGGCUUCUUGUUCAUUUUUGUCUUAGUACAGACCAUAGGUGUAUUUUAGAUCUUUGUAGCUAAA